CACAAGGAUCUGUACAAGGAGGCCAUUAAGGAGGAGCACCAGCCUCUUAUAUCACAGGAAAAUCCCAGUAAGAAAUGUGAAAAUGUCAUGUUACCACUAGAUGAAGAUAUCCUGCAGCGCUCUUCAGGAGAAAACCUCAUUUCCCUUAAUGUACAUCCAGAACUUCACAGUACAGAUCUGUCAUAUAAUCCUCCUAAUUAUGAGGAACCUUCUCCUGACCAAUCAACGAUUGUUACCGCAAGUACAAGUCAGAAAAGGAUUAAAAGGUUUCAUUGUGGUAAAGAAUCCACAAACAGCUCAGGACUUUCUACACACCGAAGACAUCACAAAAGAGAGAAAACGUAUUCAUGUUCAGAAUGUGGGAAAUGUUUUAGACAAAAAUCUGAUCUUGUUAUACAUGAUAGAAUACACACAGGAGAGAAACCAUAUUCGUGUUCAGAAUGUGGGAAAUGCUUUACCCAGAAAGUAAAUCUUGUUAGACAUGAGAGAUGUCACACAGGAGAGAAGCCAUAUUCGUGUUCAGAAUGUGGGAAAUGUUUCACACGGAGAUCAAGUUUUGUUAAACAUGAGAGAAUUCACACAGGAGAGAAGCCAUAUUCAUGUUCAGAAUGUGGGAAAUGUUUUACAGUUAAAUCAAAUCUUGUUAGACAUGAGAGAUGUCACAUAGGAGAAAAAGCAUAUACAUGUUCAAAAUGUGGGAAAUGUUUCACACGGAAAUCAUAUCUUGUUAUACAUGAGAGAAAUCACACAGGAGAGAAAGCAUAUACAUGUUCAGAAUGUGGGAAAAGUUUUAGACAAAAAUCCAUUCUUGUUACACAUGUGAGAAGUCACAUAGGGGAAAAGCCAUAUUUAUGUACAGAAUGUGGGAAAUGUUUUUCAGAUAAAUCAAGUCUUCUAAAACAUAAGAGAAAUCACACAUGAGAGAAGCUUCAUUCUGAAUGAGAAAAAUGUUUUUGCUUCUAAAGCCAUAAUUAGGGGUCAUUAGUGAAGUCACACAAGAAAGAAGCCUUAUGGCAACAUUAUAAUGUAACAAUAUUCAGUGAGGAACAUAAGUAUUUGAACAACCUGCGAUUUUGCAAGUUCUCCCACUUAGAAAUCAUGGAGGAGUCUGAAAUUCACACUGUAGGUGCAUUCCCACUCUGAGAGACAGAAUAAAAA